UUAACAAGGUAAACAAAAAUCCACAUUGGAACUUAAAAAUUCUCAAAUUUCGUUACAUUUUAACUGCAAAUCCGCAUAAAAUCAACUCAAAAUGAAACUCUUAACUUACAACUUCUUGACGUCGAAAUGCAUUCGCGGUGUUAAAGUUGGAUAUCCAUUAAAACUGCACGUCGAAGAAAAGAAAGAAGUUCAAGCCGAAUUCAAUCCCGAGUUCAUCACAAAAACCCUCCCACGGUUAGAAUGGCCCGCGAUUUAUGCAGCAGCUCAAACUGUAAAUUGCAGUGAAAACCUCCCCCAAUCCAUUGACGAAAACGUGUGCAAAGACCAAGAUUUCCUCAAAAAUGUCCAUCAUGUGCUCUUGGAGAUCGACAUCGUCAAAGGAAAUCUCGAAUGUCCCGAAACCGGCAGACUUUUCCCCAUUUCCGAUGGAAUUCCGAACAUGUUACUGAACGAACAUGAAGUUUAAAGAAUUUUUGCCGCAUUUUUUUAAGUUUAACGCCUAAAAAUAAAAAAAAAUAUUUUUUUUAA